CAGCCAACAAGCCUUGCAAGCAUGGGAUCCUGGGACAAGCGCAAGUGCUACAAGUACAGCAGUCUAGUGGGCGCCUUCCUGGUCUACACACCCCACGGAAUCACGUGGUACUGGGGCAACGUCGUCGUCUACACAAACUCCUACUACAGACACCAUCUGGGGCCCGACUCGGGUUUCGGAACCCCCUGGCUCAUCUCCAUCUUCAUCAUGGGCUGGACUAUGGGCCUGCAGAUAUCCGGCCGUCUCACCAAGAAGUUCGGUCAGUCGCUGACAAGGUUGCUGGGCAUGGUCUUGUUUAACGCCGGGGUGUUCCUCAGCUUCUGGUCCGUUCAAAUGUCGGUGGCGGCGCUGGUGGUCACGAUGGGCGCCAUGACGGGGCUGGGCACGGGUCUCGUUCACGCCCAACUGCUCAACACCAUUGUGUACUGGGUCUCGGACAACAUCGGCCUGACGACCGCUGCCGUCACCACGGGCUUCAGCGCAGGUAGCAUCCUCAUCAACGCGUUGGUCACGCUGUAUAUCAACCCAAACAACUUGGUCCCUGACCUGGAAAUGGGCCCCAACAAGUUCUUCACGCAGCCAGAACUACUGGAAAACGUACCUUACGUCUUCGUCAUCAUCGGUUGCUUCAACGUGGCGGUACACAUGGUGAGUUUUUUGCUCAUCCGAGACAAGGCUCCUGAGGUGGAAGAAGACGCGGAAAACCCGUCCUCAGACAUGUCCAUGUCCUCUUCUGACUCCUUCUCUUCCACCCCUACUUCAUCUUUAAUCAGAGACAAAGAAGAACUAACGCCCAUGCUGGAGAACACAGAGGAGGACGAAACCGACAUGGAGGCAAAUGGAUUACUUGAAGACAAGACACACGUUGAAAAGGAGGCGACCAUUUCGAAACUUGCUUCAGCACUCAAAGGGACAAAGAACAAACCCGUGACGCAGACAGCUGCAAAACGACGCCAAAACUCAUGGCCAGCGGGCAAGGACUUCAGUCCGAGAGAAACGCUCAAAACCGUGGCUUUUUAUACUAUCUGGAUAAACGUUUUCGGAGCAGACUUUGCCUACCUGGUCAUCACCAACUACUUCAAGAUCUUCGGGCAGCUGUGGAUUAAAGAUGACCACUUCCUGACCAAUGUCGGGCUCAGCUGCACGAUAGGCAUUGUAACGCUCAAAGUCUUAUGGGGAGUUCUGGUGGACAAAACUGGCGUGAAGCCGACCCUCAUCUUCUUCCCCGCUUCGGUGGCCUUGACCACUAUUUUCUGGUACUUCACGCCUCUGGUCAGUAAAUGGCUCUACUUUGUCUGGACCACCAUGUUCAGCUGCCUCAUAUCGGGCCUGUACACCGUCUCCUCAGUAGGCACGCUCCUCACGUUCGGCCGCCAGCACUUCACCACCAACUACGGAUUGGUCAUGACGUCUAGCCUCGCGCUCAACCUCCUGGCGCCGCCUCUCAUCGAGUACAUCCUGCACCAGGGCGGCUGGUUUAUGAUGUUCUUCACGGUCAGUUUCCUGAAUGUUGUUGGUCUCAUCUUGACAGUCUUGACCUUCCCACAGGUUUGAAGACGCCUGCAUUUUAACAAACUGCCCGUAGAGCCACGUAGAGUCACUGUGAGAAAAUGCAUGGAUUUAACAGCCCCUUUCAAAAACUAUAAGAUUAUUUAAGAGACAGCAAGACAUACGAAUUCAACGUCCAUCUCCUAAACGACCACGCCAAAAGAUUGGAGAGCCUUAAAAGCUCCCCAAAACAACCAAAGUUAAUAAAGAACGGGUUUCGAACGAAAUCCAUUCACUUCGUAGUCCAGCAUGAUACCAACUGAGCUACCAUUGAGCCCAAGAGUCACCGUGUGCACAAUUCGCAUGAGUAAGAAAGGGAAAAAAACUCCUGCUGUAACAGCAUUAUGGGGCAAGACUGUGCUAAUUUCUUCUCAUCGGAACACCAUUGAACUUUUGCUGACUGGUGUGCGAGUCAUUUUACUUUCCCUCUGUUGUUUCUGUCUGUCUGACCUUCUUUUUUCCAGCAAUACAUGACCAUUGUUGUGUCAAUGUGCUUCUCUCUAUGCAAACAAACAAGCUGACUGGUUGGAUUAUA